AUGCUGUAUAAUCCUUACGGCUUUGAAAAGAACGAACUCUUCCGUGCCCCAUACAAUGCUGCUACAGUUGCUUCUAAAAAUUUGUCCGUUGGAGUUCUUCCACGAUCAGUUCAUUCCACAAAGAAGCCAUCCAAGUUUUUGUUCGAGGAGGAGGAAAUCCAAGAAGAUUUUGUUCGUGGCUGGGGCCCAGGUGGCCAAAAAAUAAAUAAGACAGCAAACUGUGUAUUUUUGCGACAUCGUUCAACAGGCAUCUCCGUGAAGUGUCAAGACACGCGCAGUCUGGAACAAAACCGAUUGAUUGCCCGAAUUCGCCUUAAUGCCAAGCUUGAUGAACAUUUAAACGGUGAGCAAAGCUUGCCGGCUCAAGAACGCAUGGCUCACGAUGCCAAGGAACGUCAACGGUACCAGCGAAGUAAACGCCGACUUGAAGCUAAACUUGAAUUCAAAGCCCGUGAAGGCCUGAACCAGAAACCAGGUCCUGUAGAUUCAGAAUGAAUAUCCUCGGACUUCACGUAUAUUCGAGUUUGCCUUACCUAUCCCAAAGUUGUUCGGUUACUCAACCGUACAUCGAUUGCUUGUUUUCUACAUGGCUGUUUGGACUUCAGCAUCCAUUCAUUUACGAAGCCCUUGACCUGGUAAUCUUUGGAUUGUGCAUAUUUUACGAACUAUUAGACCGGAC